CCAGGUUAAGGGAAUUGAGCUUCUCUUCUGGUUACCCGGAAAAGGAUUUAAAAAAAAGAAAAGAAAAGAAAAGAAAAAGGCAACAGAUUCUUCUAGGAGGUGCAAAACCAACAGACGGCUCCUAGCGCCAAUGGAAUCUGCUACACUCGACCUGAGCUUGCUUGUCGGCGAGGAGUGUAGAAAGUGCUGUUCGCAGACUGCGUGGUGAAGGAGAGAAAGCGACAGAACAGAGAGCCAUAGUGCUGACGUUGAAGGCCCAGCCCUGUGAGGUUGCACAGGGUAAGUGGCGUUGGCCAAGAGGCAGUGGCGAAGUGGAAGGAAAGAGGAUUUGGGCUAGGGGCGGAGCCUGCGGCACAGCGUGGCUUCUGAUUGCUGGAACGCAGCUGCCAAUCUCGCAGAAUCGCUCGGUUAACCAGUGCGCUGGCGAGACGCGCUCAGAUAUACUGAGCGAGCCCGGAGAAGCAGUCUCAGAUCCUGACGGUGCAGCAGCCCGCAGCCUCAGCUAGGGAGUCCAAGCCGCUUUCAAUGGAGGAGAAGCCCGGCCAGCCUCAGCCUCAGCACCAUCACAGCCACCACCAUCCGCACCACCACCCUCAGCAGCCGCAGCAGCAGUCGCAUCAUCACCACCAUUAUUAUUUCUACAACCAUACCCACAACCACCACCACCACCACCAUCACCAGCAGCCUCACCAAUACCUGCAGCAUGGAGCCGAGGGCAGCCCCAAGGCCCAGCCAAAGCCGCUGAAACAUGAGCAGAAACACACCCUCCAGCAGCACCAGGAAACGCCGAAGAAGAAAACAGGUUAUGGUGAAAUAAAUGGUAAUGCUGGAGAAAGAGAAAUAUCUUUAAAGAGCCUGGGUUCUGAUGAAGCUACAAACCCUAUUUCCAGGGUCCUCAAUGGCAACCAGCAAGUUGUAGAUGCUGCUCUGAAGCAGACUCUGAAGGCUGGCACCUUUGGGAAGACAGGAAUUAAAACCAAGAAUUUCAUUCAGAAAAACAGUAUGGACAAAAAGAAUGGGAAGUCUUAUGAAAAUAAAUCUGGAGAAAACCAGUCUGUAGAUAAGACUGAUACUGUAGCAAUUCCAAAUGGUGUUGUGACAAAUAAUGCAGGCUAUAUUACUAAUGGUUAUAUGGGCAAGGGCGCAGAUAAUGAUGGUAGUGGCUCAGAAAGUGGAUAUACCACUCCUAAAAAAAGGAAAGCUAGGCGCAAUAGUGCAAAGGGUUGUGAAAACCUUAAUUUAGUCCAGGACAAAAUAAUGCAACAAGAGACUAGUGUCCCACCCUUAAAACAGGGACUUGAAACUUUCAAACCUGACUAUAGUGAACAAAAGGGAAAUCGAGUAGAUGGUUCAAAGCCCAUUUGGAAGUAUGAAACUGGACCUGGAGGAACAACUCGAGGAAAACCUGCUGUGGGUGAUACACUUCGUAAAAAUUCAGAUAUUAAACCUGGUGUGAACAGCAAGAAGUUUGAUGAUCGGCCCAAAGGAAAGCAUGCCUCAGCUGUUGCCUCCAAAGAGGACUCAUGGACCCUAUUUAAACCACCUCCAGUUUUUCCAGUGGACAAUAGCAGUGCUAAAAUAGUUCCUAAAAUAAGUUAUGCAAGCAAAGUUAAGGAAAACCUCAACAAAACUAUACAGAACUCUUCUGUGUCACCAUCUUCAUCUUCAUCCUCUUCAUCAUCUACUGGCGAAACUCAGACCCAGUCUUCAAGUCGAUUAUCCCAGGUCCCUAUGUCAGCGCUGAAAUCUGUUACUUCUGCCAACUUUUCUAAUGGGCCUGUUUUAGCAGGAACUGAUUCAAGCAUGUAUCCUCCAGGUGGUCAGACACUGCUAACUACUGCUGCUAAUACUCUAACACCCAUAUCUUCUGGAACUGAUUCAGUUCUCCAGGACAUGAGUCUAACUUCAGCAGCUGUUGAACAAAUUAAAUCUAGCCUUUUUAUCUAUCCUUCAAAUAUGCAAAGUGUGCUGUUGAGUACAGCACAAGUGGAUCUGCCCUCUCAGACAGAUCAGCAAAACCUGGGGGAUAUCUUCCAGAAUCAAUGGGGUUUAUCAUUUAUAAAUGAUCCCAGUGCUGGCCCUGAGACUGUUAUUGGGAAGUCAUCAGAUCAUAAAGCAAUGGAGGUGACAUUUCAAGGAGAAUAUCCUGCCACUUUGGUUUCACAGGGUGCUGAAAUAAUCCCCUCAGGAACUGAGCAUCCUGUGUUUCCUAAGGCUUAUGAGUUGGAGAAACGGACUAGUCCUCAAGUUCUGGGUAGCAUUCUAAAACCUGGGACUACUAGUGAGAGUGGAGCCUUAUCCUUGGAACCCAGUCAUAUAGGUGACCUGCAAAAAGCAGACACCAAUAGUCAAGGUGCUUUAGUGUUUCUCUCAAAGGACUAUGAGAUAGAAAAUCAAAAUCCUCUGGCCUCUCCUACGAACACUUUGUUAGGCUCCGCCAAAGAACAGAGACACCAGAGAGGCCUAGAAAGGAAUGAUAGCUGGGGUUCUUUUGACCCAAGGGCUGCUAUUGUAUAUCACACUAAAGAAAUGGAAUCUAUUUGGAAUUUGCAGAAGCAAGAUCCCAAAAGGAUAAUCACUUACAAUGAAGCCAUGGAUAGUCCAGAUCAAUGAAGGACCAGACUGCCUAUUCAUCACUUUUCUGCAGCAUUAGAGCCACCGUUCAUGAGGGACACAAGGCUUUUAUGCUCCUAGAUCUUCAAUGCAGCAGAGGAACCAUAAGUAGAAUCACAGGAUAAUAUAUACAAAUAUAUAUAUAUACAUAUAUAUAUAUAGUUAUUUAAAAAAAGGCAACUGAAAGUAAUUAGACUUCUUAAGGAAUCAAAUUUAUUUCAAGAGACUACACAUGGUUAUUUAAUCUCCGGUACUGAAUAAUUUUUUUUGUUUUGUUUUUCCUUUUGUUAGUUUUUUUUUUUUAAGUGUGAAUGCAAGUGAUUAAUGAAUACAGACUUAACAAGUGUGGUUCUAAAAGUUCCAGCUGUCAUCACCUUGGGCUACAAAUGACCCAGUGAAAGAGGCAAAUCCACUUAAAAGAUCCUCUGUAUCUUGUUCUGUGACUAAAGUGAUACACUAAUCACGGGGAACCCAGAAUGAUUCAACAUUUUCCUCUGCUCCCUUGAUUUUGGUUUUACUUUAAGCCCUGCGAGAAUGCUGGAUAAAUGCCUUGAAGUUUGCAGGGGUGUAUUUUUUUAGUGAAUAUGAUUUGCAUGUCUUGCCAGGAGUUAAGCAGCCUCUGUGGGGUGUUGGGAAAAUAUUUUCUUUCCUUUCAUUUUUUUUGUGGGGUGGGAAUAGGGGAGGGUCUUGAAGUUCUACAAUUCUGGAAUAGUUGGUGGGUACAUAGUUAACUUGCUUUGGUUACAUGUUGGACUUUUUAACAACCGAAGAAUCCAUGAAUAUUAAAGAAAAGUUGCAGAACAAGCAAUUGGCUUAGAUAUGAAACAAAAUUCUUGUGCCCAUAUUUUAAUGUAAUUGUAUAACUGGGAGCAAAAAUAUACUCUGCUUUUCAACUGUAGGUGCUCCAGACUUGCUCUCUGUCACUAACACUAAAUGUGCAGUUUUUUUCUCAUUUUCAUCAAAGAGAAAUGUAUGUAUCUUUCUGUAAAUUCUCUUUAAUUUCUCAGCAAAAUCUAAAAGGGGAAGAAAAAACUCAUGAGAAUUAAAACUUACAUGUUUUUAGCCAUUGAGGUGUUAAUGAACCCUGCUAAUAGGAGGUGUGUUUUCAUGCAAAUUAUACUUCUGAGCUUACUAGCGUCUAAUUAUAUCUUAAUAAAUAUAUUUUAUUACUAGAGCAAAAUGGAUUUUUAGGGAAAAUAAUGUGAAAUUCUGGAAAUUUUGUUUUGGGCAGAGAAGAGCAUUAGCCCUGUCUUAUCACAUUGCCAUCCUGUUGCACUGCAGCUUGUGUAUAGCAUGCUAAAAUAAACUUUGUGUGUGUGAAGAAACUAAGGGUCCAAUUUAAGAUUGGGUGAUGUUAGUGGCAUAAUAACAAGUUCUCUGGCCUGACAUAGCAUCACACACAACACACACCUACACAAAAAUUAGUAUAUCCAUGUAUGUCAAAUACAGGUUGAAAUAGUGGGGCAUUUAUAUAGUCAUAGUCUUGUAAAAGUAGACCGGAUCCCCUGGGAGUAUUUGGGGAGAAAGUAACUACUAAUUUUGCUCUACCCCUUUGCUUAAGAAAUGUCCAGUUUUGAGCAACUGUUGUAUGGAUGGGUUUUCUUGUUCUGUUUAUUGAGACUUUUAACAAAUACAGUUUAUGAAAGAAUCGGUUGGGCUCAAUGUUAGAGUAGAGCAAAUAUCUUUUUAGUCUGAAUUUCUGCCCUGCUUAGAUUUUUAAAAAGUAUAAGCAUGGAUUGCCAAUUCCACUUGAUGUAAACAAAACUUUUUAUACAUAAUAUAUAUAUAUAAUAACUUAUUGUAUCAGUCCAGGUUCAGAAACUUGUGGUAGGCCAGUUCCAGAUAGUUUCAUUUCACCUGUAAACUGUAUCACUUUUACUGAUAAUUGUAAUUUUCAAAUGUAUAAUAUGUUUACAGAUGUGCCCUGCAUUUAGUCUGCCUUGUUCCUAUUUUGAUUUUUGUUGAGUCUCCUGCCUGCUUGCCAAAAGCUAGGAUGCUUCAGGCCCAUGUACAAUUGAAAUGAGAGGCAUCCUUGAGCUUUAAAGCAUUGAACAAACUGGAAAAUGCAACAUACCACAUACUGAAGUGAAAAGUCUGUGUUUUUGUGUUUUUUUUUUUUUUAAAUAAAAAUUUUCAAAAAGUUCUUUUAAAAAAGAAAAUUGAUUCAAGGGGGAAAAAAGGCUCCAGUUUGUUUUACAGGUUUUAAAGUUCUGCUGUGUGUUCAAUUGCCUUGUGUAACCACUUGUCGCCUUAGGGCCAUAUUCCUAUCCAUUCCCCCUUUUUGAAUGUCCAUUUUGCUUGCCUAAAAAUUUCAAUUUCUUAUGUCUCACAACUCAUGAGAAACUUCUGGGUUUGUGACAUACAGAGGUCGAAUGAACAUAUAUUCAAAAAAGGAAAACAAAAAACAGUCCCCAUCCAAAUUGGGCUUAUUUUAGAAGCAACACUUAAUUUAUACCUUUCGAAAGCAUUUUUCUUAAUGUCCCCUCCAUAUCCCUCAGACCUCUGUUCAGAGAAGCUAAAAAGAAUGUAUCCCUUCUCUGUUCGUCCAAAGGUUUUUUGAGAGUCUUCUAAAUGAAACAAUGCAACAUUUCACUUUGAUUAUUCCACUGAAAUUUUCUUGAUUAUAUGGUUAGAGGUAUAUAGUAGUUAGGAAUGUCUCUUAACUUUCUGAGAACCCUAGUGCCCCAUCAUAUUAACUGUCAGUAUUGUGGGGGCAUUGGGUUAAUGGAUUUAAUUGCCUAGGUUCAAGCAGGACUUUGGGACAAAUCUCCUUUGUGCUGUUUGGUUAUACUUAAUUAACUCUCCUUGUCGCAGUCUCUCCUUAGGUCCUCACACAAUUCCUUACAAGAGCACUUAUUAAAAGUUCUUAAGAGUUGAUCUGUUUUCUGGUUAUUUUUGUGUAAGCUUCUAAACAAACUUCAGCUGUGAUUUAUUUAGCACAUUUAAAUAACAAUGUGUUAUUCAGUAUAAAGAAUUUUUCUUCAACUCAGAGUAUUAGUACUGUAGCAUAAACCAAAUACAGUCUAGAGGGGAUUUUUAACAUCCCUCCAUUAUAAAGACUGAAAAGGGGUGUGUGUGUACACUGGGUGUUUGUGUGUUUGGGUAAAAUGGAGAUAUUAAAAAUUAGUAAAUGAAUGUGUGUAAGACAUAUUAGUAUUCAGAGAAUGAAACUUGUAUUUAUUUUGUGCCAUUUGUUUUCAUUACACAGAAUAAAGUCAGGUGGUUUAAAUCUUUAAAAGGGUAGUAUUUGAAAUAUGGCACUAUGAAUGAAAUCAUGACCUAUUUUUUAAUAGCUAUGAAGAUACUAAUUAUGGGUGAAGAUUCCUUUUUAAAUUUGUCUUGAUUGUAGGCUUUUGUGUCACAUACCACUCUUGUACAGAUACCUUGAAUAAUCCCUUCCCUACAAAAGACAGGGUGUAUUUAUCUUUUUAUUUAUCCCCACUUUGCAUAGCCUUUCCUCCAUUCUCCUUAGUUAUGAACCUUAACAUAGUGUAUUCACAGCAUCUGUAGGAACCCUCACUUUUCUAUGAGGGGAUCAGCCAAUAACAAGGAACUUACUAAUGAUAGCCCCCUCCCACACACACACGCCAAAUAAAUGGCCAGAGAGUUCCUCCAUUUUAGUGUUUGGCUGUCCUUACCUGCUUACCUAAUCAGUCAUCACCCAAAAUCUACAAAAACUUUUAUGAAGGAAAAAGCCCCUGCUGCAUUGUUUUCUCAAAUCAGUUUUUAGGAAAAAUAUGACAGACCAACUAUGGGAGUUAUCCACAUGAUAAAAUGUGUUUUCACAAAAUAAUGGUAUAGCAGCAGUAAUUUCAUAUUUGGUUUUUAAGAGUUGCUAGUCCACAUUGGAGACAUCUUAAUGAUUUUUCUUUUGUAAUCAUGAGUUUCUACACAACACUCAAAGUCAUUUUAGUGAAAUUAUAUGCCACAUACCAAAUGACAAGGGAGAAGUAUGUUAAAUGUUGAACAUCUAAGCAUUAGGGGUACAGUUAAGUAUAGGAAUCCCUCAUAUAUGCUAACUGCAGAACUGAUACACUGUUAGGGGGAGGAGUACAUACAAUGGGCAAUAGUUUUUAUAAGACCAUUGAUGCUAUACCAGUCAAGGUAAGAUUCAGAUAAGAAAGUGUCUUAGUAGCUAUGUCCAAAACUUACCUAUUGAAUUUUAAAGGAAGGAGAGAAUUUACUUAAUAUAUCCCAACCAGUUGUUUGAAAGGGACAGGCAGAGGACAAGACUAGAAGUAUAAAUAGCUGCUAUAAGUUUGCUAGGGACACAAAUGAACAUUAGUUGUUUAAAUUGAUGUUAUUUUUGUUAGUUGAUAGCAUCAGAAUUUAUGAUGAAGAUAGGCUUCUGCUCUCAGUAUCUUAAUUUUUUUUUUUUUUUAAUCAGUCUGUUCAGAGAACCAGGACCACCAUACUGGGUUGGUUUAAAGAAUGAUGAAUCAGCUCCACUCAAAAUCACUGCUUUCCUGAGUUUUAAUUUUCAUAAUUUUGCUGCUUAAUAAAUAAAGUAGAAAGGAUGUCAGCAAUAGUAACAAUAGAGUUUUUAGUUGUCUCCAUGAUAAAACACCCAGUGAAGCAUGAAUGGUAUAUUGCUUUUGCAUUAAUGGGAAUGUCAAACUAUAGUAGCAGGCUAGAAACUGAAACAGCCAUUCUCACAUAUGAGAUUGUUGAUUCAGACUUCCAUAUUCAUAAAAUUCUGUUAAGUUCAGAGCUUAAAAGCCAUUUUAUAAUCUGCAGUAUCCCUUUUCUAAUAGCCUUACUAAAAUUAUUUGCAGGUUUUUAUUUUUCAGCUCAAUUGUGCUUUCACUGUAUAUCAAAGUUGUACUCUACAGACCAACAAAGCAAUUUGAGAUAAGUAGCUUUUCAUAUGCCCUUUUUUUCCUCAGGUGCUAAUAUACAAAGGCUCCAAAAUGGAUACUGCUUUAGUAAUGUCUGCUUUCUUCUUAAAAUGCAUUAUUUCUUUUGCUAGAUGUAAAAGUUUGGUGUUAACAAAAGUUUUAGUAUGUAAAUAUGAAUGGAUGGCUUUAGUUUGCUUUUGUUUGUGUAUUAGUCUGUUUUCAUUUAUCCUCUGUAGAGGAGGAUCCUUUCAUGACCUUCAAUACAUUUCAUUAGAUAUUGCGUUUUUAGAAUGAAAACACAGCUGUUUUCUGUCUUAGAUUAAUUCUGCUGCUGCUAUGAGAAACUGAAAAUCAAGAAUGUGAUGCACUUUUUACAUUACUAUAUAUCAUACAUAUACCGUAGGUUGCUUUGAUACUUGUUCUGUAGCACAGCCACUAACAAGAGUGAAUUUUAUAAAUCUCUGUGGGAGGGAAUCAGUACCAGGAACUGAUCCAUAGUUAGUAUUGGCCUAUGAAUGACAAUAACUUAGGAAAAUAAAAAUUCUGUUUAGUAUUACACUUUUUGGCCUUAAAAUGUCUUCUACUGCUGAAAAUAUUUUAAUCUUAGCUUUGUUUUAUUGUUCCCUCUCUCUGCCUGAAAAAGAGAAAAUGGGAAGAGUGGCUUAAUGGAAGUAGUGUUGUUGGUUUAUUGAUAAUCUUAUAGAAAACAACUGUCUACUAUGUAAGCUGGGAUUUAUUUUUGUUUGUAUACCAAGGAGAAAUACUGUCCUGAACCAGCAAAUUUAGUUAAGUUAGUCAAAACUCCCAACUAUUCUGCUUCUCUGACUUUUUUUUUUAAAUUUAGCAAGGGUUAACUGUAGAAGGAAUGCUACUUGACAAAAAGGAAAAGUCAUUUCUCAAGCACAUACUCAGACUUGAAGGACACGGGACCCAAAAUAAUGGGGAAAAAACACCAAAUGAGGUGGAGGAAUGUGAAAAGAUGUGUGGUCCAAAGCUAUUUGGUUAUAUUUUAAUGUUGCCAAUAUUGUAGAGCCAAAAUUUUUAAUUUGCUUAUUUAAUAUAUUUGUUGGCCAGAGAUCUAUUUUUAUAUCAAUGUGCCUUGCAUGUAUGUUUAAAAUUUUUGGAAAGGCCAUGUAGUAAUGCCUGAGACAGUUGAUGGUUCUUUAACACCUCACUAAUUUUUAUGCAGUAUGAAAUGCUCGUUCUAUUGCCCAACUGGUGCUCUCUGUUCAAAGUUACAGAUCUUGUCAAACUGGAACUAUUUUGUAAACAGGAAACUAUUUUGGUGGUUUCUUUUUCUUCUUUUUUUUUUUUUUUUAAAGUUUGUUAGUGGCUGUUUUGUAGUGGGAAAUAGUAAAAGGAUUCUUUACUUCUUUUCCUUCCCCUAACCCUAGCACCUUCAAGUAAUGUGAUGAUACCAUUUCUUGUGUGCUUUGAAAAAAAGAUUCAGGUUGCUGUCUCCUUAGUGUUAUAAAAAGUAUUAUUGAAAGCAUUGUUUCAAAAUAUAGGGAGAUAAUGGAGUCCAUGAUAAUUUGGGAUUCUGUGUGAGCUUUGAUCCAAGUCAUUGGCUCUUUCCAACUUUAAAAUUUUUAUUGUUAAAGCACCUUGCUUAAAAAAUUUUAAAUAUUUAUGUCUGCAACAAUUGUCUCAAAAUAAUAAACUGUGCAAUUCUUGUUAUUAAAAAAAAAAAACCUCUCCCUAAUGUGACUUGUUAGUUUCUCUGUAUUUCCUGCCAGUGUAAAUGUGAAAAGCUUUGCUUGCAUUACGUUUUAGAAAUGCAUUUUGCACACUCAAAUUUUGCCGAAGCUCCGUGAAAAGAUUAGACCUAAGUAGGUGAAUAAAGCUAUGCACAUGUUUUGAAAGUUUAAUUUGUGUGUCAUUAUAAAAAGUGACCUAUUUGUUCCUAUUAUUUCAUUGUUCUUAGCUUUACCAUCUUUGGAAACAUGGCUCAAAGUUACAGUUGUAGGCUAGUUUAUCAACAGAACUAGAAGAGAGGGGAAAUUGGCAACCAUUUUAAUAAAGUUGAGUUUGACUUGAAUCUGUUAAAGGGCUUUUCUUGAAAAGAGGCAGUUUUAUGAGCUUUGUAAACCUUUGGAUGCUCUUUCUCAGUGAAAUUUUGGCUUAUUUGAUGAAAAAAAUGGGAAGUACUCAAACUGAAAUGAAGGAAAGACUUGCUACAUGGAGCUCUGACAGUUUUCUCAUAAGGUGACUUAGAGUAGGGUAGCCUUCCUUGUAUUGAGUGCUUUGUCAUAAAUUUGAUUCAUUACAUGAGUGGUCUGAUACUAGAAUCAGUUGUUUAAUGAUCAAAGCACAGAUUGUUUCAAAGAUAAUGUAUAUCUUUUAACAAAAUUGUCCAAGCUGAUUUUUAAAAAAAGGUUUAGAAAUUGGGUAUAUUUGAUUCAAACACUGAAGUUUGCAUGAACUAAAUAGCUUUAUUUUAUAUGUAUGUGUGCUUAAGGUUGUGUACAUGUCCUAGCUAGGUCUUAUAAAGUCAUCCUUUACAAGACUUCGGUAAUCUCAGGACCUUUGUAGAAGAGGCUAUAAGUUUAAUUAGAAGUUAUUACUAAUAGUAUUUUCCUCAUCCUCCUAGAUAAAGAAAUCCUGUCUUAUAGCUUUUCCUGUGAAUUAGAAGAGGAUGACUAUCAUCAAGCCUGCACUUGAUAAAUGUUAACUUUGAAAAUGCAGCAAAACCCUCCUGUAUGUAUCUUCAGUGAUAGUGGCAAUUAAUAAGUAUACUAGUCAAGAUUUGAAAGGUAACUCAAUACAUGGCAUUAAAUGGUAGAAAUGAAGGAAGUAUAGCAAGCAUCAUCUUAGAUGGCUUUGGCAACUUUUUUGCAUCUGUCAUUCACUUACCCAGUCACUUAGAACAUGUUGGAAGAGCAAAGUGGUUUUUGAUGUGCAUAGGCACUUAGGAGGUGAGUUACCUCAAUUCGGGGGGGAAGGAUGAUUAGUUGAUUACAGUUAUGUUAGAUAUUUUCCCUUCCUUCUCAAACAUUUUUUUCAAUGUUUUGCCCAGCAAAAAAGAUGAGUCUUUAGAUAAAAGAACAAUGACCAGAAAUUUACCCUUUUGCUUAAAUGCUUAGGUAUUUGCUAUAGCUGUUUCAGAUGUCAUGGAUUCUGAGGAAGUGUCACAUAAUGAUCUUCCUUUACUGAUGUCUUAAUGUUCAGUGUUUUAAAAAAUAAAAAUUACAAACACUUUACAACCAUACUCAGAUUUACUUAUUUUAUCAAAAUAAAAAACCCAAGAGAUUUGUAGAUCAAAUUGAGACAAGUGUACAUUGUUGAAUAAAAAAUUUUAAAGUUUGA